UCAUAUCUUCCAACACAGUCCGAACUUCCUCGCAUGCCUCUCCGGGCGGCCCAUCCACUAUAGCUGCUCAUAUCCACCGGAAACCUUCCCGCCGCUCAUUGUGGAGAGCUCUAGCAGAGCUGGGCGUCAUGAAUUAAAGAAAAGCCUGCGUUUACAAAUCUGAUCACCAAACCCCGCUGCAAGUGUGGUGUGGUUGGACCAGCGGUGAUGGUUUUGGACCCAGGUGAGGACUGUAUGGAUCGGACAGAUGUCCAGGGGGUCAGAGGGAGCAGCAGCACCACAGACCUGACAGGGCCAGAACCAAGACCGGAUCCUCGCAAAACCACCACAAGCGACAGCACCAGACUAGAAAACACCAGACCGGAUGCCCCCAAAACCACCACCAACACAACUAGAAAAGAAGAGACCAGACCUGACACUACCAAAACCAUUAACACCACCACCACUAGAACAGAAGGCACCAGAGCAGACCCUCCCAAAACCACAGAAGAACCAACACCGGACCCUCCCAAAACCACCACCAGCACCGGGCUCCGUGCCAGGAAGAGCAGUGUCACCAAGAGGGAGCGGCUAUCCAACUCCCACAAUGGACCCCAGCCUCAACCUCAGUUGUUGGGGGCCAAUGUCGGCCUUACCCCCAGCCCUAGGGCCAGUGUUUGCUCCUCAACCGACUCCUCUCACCCAGACUCGCCAUAUGAUGGACCGGUGGUCUCUCUGCGGCGGGACGUCACCAUGGCAACGGCCUCGUCUCGGAACAAGGUAGCGACCAGGCCCCCACUCCGCCGGCCCCUCAGCCUGGACGUGACGCCCCUGCGUCUCCGUGGCUCUGAGCCCGUGCUGGACCGCAGGGUCCUGCAGCCCCCCUGGCGCAGCGGUGGUGGUCCCUCCGCUGCCUCCUCGCCCCCAGCCCGCUCCCUCACCAGCCCCAGCCUGGGCCCCAGAGGCUGGAUGCGCCGCAGCGAGAGCACCUGUACCGUCAACAACUCCUCAAUGGGCCUCCGGGCCACCAGGGGCGUGUGCGGCCAGCCACCUCCCUUCCCCACAUUGCCCGGGGGUUUGGAGGGGCCUCCACGCUGCCCUUGCCUUCCACGCCGCGGGGCCCCUGUCUCCUUGUGGCCCUCAGACCCGUUAACCUAG